CGCUAUCCACGUCCAUGAAGUCUUUCCCUUUCAUCCCCUCAUUCCCUUUCAUUCACCAAAUACCCCCUCCAUCCCAUUGAUUCACCCCCGAGUCCAAGUCCAAGCCCAAGCCAAAUGAAACCAGCAAACAGAAAGAGUCGAGAUUCCAGGUAUGCCCACGCAUGAGACGAAAAAAAAGAAAGCCGAAAGAUUUGGAAACCGAAUCCGAAAAGAAAAAAAACCGCUGUAGAUGCAGAUUUGAAAAGUGCAAAAAGUGGAAAGCAACUCCUUUUCAAAGACGUACACCCCCCCUAAUUUCCCUAUCCAUAAAAUGAAGAAUUUUUAUUUUUCAUGGACGGAGAAGUUGUUUAUUGUUGAAGAUCGCUUAUUCUUCUUUAAUUAUCAGGCCGUCUGAGGGUUUGACUCUCAUUGCCCAUUCCCUGAGAUUGUAUCUUAGCAAACGUUUGAAGGAUUGGAUAAUAGAAGAAAACAGGAAGUGCCUCGCUAAAAAGACGAAGGAACAAGACAUAAAAAAAAUGGGAACAACAUACGUCCAACUCCCAUCAUAAACUCUCCUACCCUUCUCCUCAUAGCCCGCCUCUUGCAGCGCAGCAUCAAUCACGGCAGCCGUAACACCCGUCCCACAACUACUAAUAAUCGGCUUCUUAGGAUCAACCCCCUUCUUUUCAAAGAUCUUUCUCAACUCCGGCGCAGGAAGUAAAGUCUUCUUGACCGGAUCCAACAACUCAGAAACCGGCAUAGAAAUACUUCCAGGCAUAUGACCACUCUCCAAUCCCUCCCUUGGCUCCUUCUCCUUCCCACUCCAUCGACCUUGCGACCGCGCAUCCAGAAUCUGCACCCCCUCCGCACCCUCUUUAUUCCAGUCCUUUGCAAUCUCCUUCACCUCCUCAAACUCCACCAGCUUCGACGAGUCGAACUCGGGGAUUGGGUAUGCACACGUAUCGACAUCCCAAAACUCCCCACUUUCCACCGGAAAGCCCUCCUCGAUCCAAAGCUUGAAAUUGUUGAGAAUAUGUACACUCUCAUGCCCAAAGGCCUUCAAUGUCCAGCCAACCCUCGGCGCACUAAAGAUGCCCAAUUCCGCACUAUCAUACACCACCACCGUAUCAUCCCUUCGAAUACCUAGCCCACUCAUGGCUUUUGCAAAUGUCGAUGCGGAAGGUAACAUAUGCGGAUAUGGAGAGCAUUUAUCACACACUUUAUCGAGGUCGAAGAAUCGCGACGAGGGGAUCCGGGCUUUGCGGAAGGUAUCGAGGCCAUUCCUAGCAUCGUUUGGAAGGAACCAGGAGGCGCAGAGGGCGACGGUUCGAGGCGCGGUAGAUAUUUUGGUGGGCGGGUUCUUGGAGAGAGCUUCUUUUAGCUCGGAGGGGGUGACUAGGUAGGAGGAGAAUUCGCGGGCGGACAUUUUGAGGAUUGUUGACGAGGGAUUGGAGAAGGAAUUGGCGGGUUUGUAUUUAGUAUUUGUAAAGCAGUGGGAUGUUCGGAAGAGAGGAUUACGAGAGGUGCAUAGUCCUCUGGUGAGGAGAGAGGUAGCUGCCGCCAUGGCGUGCUAGGUGACUUGUGGGGGGCUUAUCGCGGGGGCAUAAGAGGUUGAAGUUGUUGAGGAAGGUACGGGAGAAUGGGGGAUGAGUGAUGAUGUCGUAUAACUGCUGUUUAUCCUUUGCUUGUGCGACAAAGAGAGUUGGAGCUUUUUCCUGAGAGGAGAGUGGUGUUGUUUGUCGUGCGAGAGAGUCUGCAGCUUCAAGCUUUGCGAAAUCAAAAUUGCUGGAGAAGAUAAGAAGGAAGUGGGAAGGUGGCGCACGGUCUGCGGAGAGCCACUCACGCAUUGCGAAUCAACAAACAACAAAAGUCGUGGAGCUUCAUCAACGUCAUUUCUCGACCUCGCCGAUUUCUCCGUGGAAGCUUUUGAAGCUGCUUCUCCCCUACGACAACCCUAUUGCGCCAACAAAUUUACAAUAAAUCUUACCAACACGCCCAGAAUGAAGGUCAAGAUCGUGAAAUGGAACGCGGUAGCGACCUGGCGAUGGGACAUACCCGACGACGAUGUCUGCGGUAUCUGCCAAGUUCAUUUUGAUGGCACUUGUCCCACCUGCAAGUAUCCUGGCGAUGACUGCAGUUUGCGUAUGUCUACAUAUAAUUCCUCAUCUGCAGAGUUCUUACUAAGUUGCUUUACAGUCUCCGGCAAAUGCGGACAUAAUUUUCAUAUGGUUAGUUCUUGAGAAGAUUCAGCGCAGUGAAGAAUGGCAUUCUAAUGGGGUAUAGCAUUGUAUUGUGGAAUGGAUCAAACAGGACUCAUCUAAAGGUCAAUGUCCUAUGUGCAGACAGAGUAAUGAUUGCCCCUCUUCCCCGCCAUGCAUUAUGCUAACCCAGGUAUAGAAUUCGAAUGGACGGACAAUACGAUGGCUAGUACCGAUGGAGGCGAGGAUCAAGGCGAAGGAGAAUUAUGA